CACUUUAUACACGUACAACGUAAGAAAAAUCCGACUGCUUCGACAUUAAAUAACGCCAACCAAUUCGUCCCUUCGGGGUGCUGAAUUCCGUGGGAACCAAAUUAAGCCUUUAUUUUGGUACAGAAAGUCACAGAACACAUUUUUCUACAGCACAAAACGAACAGAUUUGCAUCACCGACAAUGUUUGUAUCGGAAUCAAAUCUAACCUUCAUGGGGACCAAGUUGCAAGUAAUGAGCGCAGAAGGUCGGCUUUGGGAAGGACAGAUUGACCCCUCUGUGACCGUAGAGGGUAUGAAGCGACUCGUAUUUCAGUACUUUUAUCCCGACGAGAUCUCCCUCGGCCCCGACAACUUUAGAGUGAUCCUUCCUAAGGAGUGUCGCAGUUUAGGAGACACGCACGCAAUUAAUGAAGAACACUUGAAGGAAAAUGAUAUGCUUCUCUUCGUUCGACGGAGAUCUGCAAAUGCACCAGAUUCUGACAGGGAUCUUGAUUUGAAGGCACCUACCGGGACAGAUAUUUUGGAGGCGACUAAAGAACUACCGGUACCACCACCUAUUGCACCCAAAUCUGCUUCCACAAGUGGAUCUGGGCGUCCUAGUCAUAAUUAUCAUGUGACGGAUGAUUCCACUGUAGAGACCAGUGUUGACUUUCAAUUAGAGCUGAGAAAAAUUAUAAUUUCCUUGGUGUCUGUGAUGGCCACCUUGCUACAAGGGAAUCCGGAUGCCGAGCUUAUUUGUCAGCAGAUUCAUGCAAGACUUAAUAGACGAUUACAAGCAACAACCAAUAAGCCGGUUGAGGGAACGUCGUUCCAAUAUCCUUCUCCGUCCGAAGUAGUUUGCACUCCUAUGGGGAUCGUUAAUGGAUUAGCUGAAGUGAGGAAGCGUGAAUUUCGCCCUAACCUGAAAGCAAUAGAUGCUUUGAAAGAAAUGGGAUUCAAGGAGGAAGAUCAAAUUGUUGAAGCACUGAGAGCUACAAAAAAUAACAAGGAUGCUGCCGUCGAGUUACUUACUGCCGGAAAGGUAAAUACCGAUGACCUGGAAGCUGGACUAGAUCAAAACAGUCAUUUAUUUUCUGCUCUUGUCUCUGCUCCCACCAUUCGACUCGGACUGAGUAAUCCCAAGACGUUGUUGGCGUUUUUGAACAUCUUAGAAAGUCCUGCUGCUGCUAAUGUUUGGUUAAAUGAUACCGACACUUCUCCUGUUCUCUCGGCGAUAUUCAAGACGUACCAUUCAGAAAAACAUGCAGCUCCUGAUUCAUAAUUAAUUACUAUUUAUAUGCAGUAACACAUUUAUUAUUACAAAGCAAAUAUGAGCUCUCCGUGUUUAAAAAAAUUACUUCUUCGAGUCAAUUUUAUGGUCUCUAAAUAAUCAUGGACAAAGAACGACUAAAUUAUGAUAAUCAAUUAAAAAAUAACCACGAUAAAUAACAAUGUGAUUGAGACAAAUCAUUCUAUAUUAUUAUUAUUCUGGCUUUAUUUAUUUUUGAACAUAAUGCAUAUACAAAAAUAAUACGUUAUUUAUGCAUGAAAACAUUUUAACUGUUAAGUUGACCUAUCCCAUAUGCAUUUGGGUUUUUGUCUGGUUACUUAAACCA